AUUUGAAAUAUAUCAAAUAGUUUUUUUCCCACAUCUAAGGAUGAAAUCUGCUAUAUUUGACCGAGAUCCUGUUGGUGGUCCCAAGAAAAGAUCUACAGGGUUAAGGAAAGGGGUUGGAAAUGGGAUAGUACCUGGCAGUGGUAAAGGUACAAUGACCAAAAAUACUAAUAAUGGUAUAUCAAAUACAAAUAAUGAAUCACAAAAUAUACAUAAUGGAACUCCAAUUGGACCUACAGGAAUGACAAAUUCUAACAAUUACAUGAGAAAUACUAGCUCGGUUGGAACACCAGUUCAGAACUCUAAAUUUUCAAGUGGAGGGUAUCAAAGUUCAAGUACUCAGAAUUCGUUAAAAAAAUCCUUGCAGCCAUCUCAAAACCCUAGAAAAGUCCAAUCAGCAAGUCCAUACCCACGUACAAGCUCUGUAUUUUCGUCACCUAAGCCUAAUCAACCAUCUGCCGGUUCUAAAUUGAAAAGGAAAAAUACUGUCGUUAAUAGCUCAAUGGCAUCUCAUUCAAUAACUCCGAUCCCUUGGAAUUUGGAUGACAUGUUGGCAUCAUAUCAGGACAAUGGAUUACUCCCUCCACCUUUAUCGCCUUCACUUCCAAGCUCACUUAAUAACCCUAGUGAUACCUCUUCUAUAAGUUCGACUACAUCAACUACAACUACUGCGUAUGAUGAUGACGUACCAUUAUCCAUGCUUUCCCCUACUUUACCUUCAAUUUUUGAAUCGAGAUCCAGUCGAGAAUUGCAACUGCCAGCCCCUAAAAGAGCUAGAUCUGUUGGAGUUGGUCUAACAUCUACUCCACGAGAUUCUGAAUCCCCAUCACCUCCAUUGAUUCAGAAUAAAUCAGCUCAAUCAAUUCCAGUUCCAUACACACAAUCAAACACACAAUCAAAUUCAUCUCUGUUGGUCACAGUUAAGAGAAGUUUAAACAAUCCAACACCAAAAUUUAUUGUUCAAAUCUCAGUCCCUCCACCUAAAUCGCCAACCAAACGUACCACAAGGCCAAUGGCAGGAUUGGGUAUUACAACCAGUUCUACCAAUACAAAUAGUAAACCAAAAAGUGACCCCAUCAAAGAAGCAGGUCUUCUGGCCACUACAUCCAACGAAGAAGAACAAAAGAAUAAAUUAAUUCAUCGUAAAAACUACUGGGUGCAACUUGCUCGAGAAACAAAACAACGAGCAAAGGAAUUGGUUACUCUUGAGAAGCCAAUCAUGGCUAUAAUUGUAAGAUUUGAUUCUAUUCUUUUAUAUAUUAUUUCAUGUGAUUAUGAAGAGAAAGUUAAACUUGCUACUAAGGCAUUACCACUGGAACGGUACUGGUCAAUACUAAUGCAGGACUGUAUGGAUUUAAUCAAACUAAUCAAAACAACCCCAGCAUCAGACCCACAAUGGGAAUUAUUGAUUGGUAUACUUCAUCUUACUCGAGCCGUUGUACUAAAAAGGAUCAAUUCCAUAUUGAACAGAACUGUCCAACUGUACAUGAACAAACGAUCUGAUGGUGGGAACAUCAUUGAACUUACAAACAAAAUCAUUGAACUUCAAAGAACUCAAAUUAGUAAUUCGGAAUAUAUUUCAGUUGAGUUCAGAUUAGCAGAACAAUACCAUCAAUCAGGGUUGAGUGCAAAGUAUUUCCCAAAAACUUGGGCAAAACGGUUAAACGAUAUCCCAAAUAAUUCAAAUUCCACCACCAAGACUAGUAUCGUUCCUGGCACAGAUUCUUUUUAUCUCCCAAUUGGAAUUUACUCUGAUUUACAAGAUGUGGGUGGAUAUAUGUUCAGUUGUGUACGAGAAAUGAUGGAAAUCAUUGCAAGUGAUAAUCUGCGGAAGUUUGUGUAUUUAUUGAAGUCUGGUCUUAAGGAGAGAGAGAAUGGAGAUGGGGUCUAGUCUAACAUAAACGAUUAUAAUCACCAUGUGCUUUAAAAUAUGAUAUAUAUUUUUGUAUAUAUAUAUAUAUAUAUGAAUGAUGUAUAAAUUUCCUGGUAAAUG